CGGCCCCCACGCGUGUGUAAGCAGCUGUCGGAAACGGCGUGUGUGCGUGCGUCGUGUUCAAGUCGCUCAGCGUGUAGUACUUCUGUAUAUUUGUAUCGGCGCGUCCUAGCAACAGCAUGUCGGAAAAAGAGCUCGAGUUCCACGAGAUGGGCCUAGACGAUCGGCUGCUCAAGGCGAUCGCCAAGCUCGGCUGGGGCAAACCGACUCCCAUCCAGGAGAAAGCAGUGCCGCUCAUACUCGAAGGAAAGGACGUCUUGGCGCGAGCCCGAACCGGCAGCGGCAAGACGGGUGGCUUCUGUUUGCCCAUGAUCCAUCGCUUGAUGCAGUACCGCACCGACCAGGAGCCAGCCACCCGCGGCAUCAUACUGGCGCCCACCAAAGAACUGUGCGCUCAAAUAGCGCGUUGCGUUUCCCAGUUGUCCGGCACUUGGCUGCGUUGCGUCGACGUCUCGGGCACCGCAGACCUGGCGAUCCAACGACCGCUUCUAGCCGAACGUCCUGCCAUAGUCGUGGGCACGCCUUCGCGAAUUCUGGCCCACCUGAAGGCGGGACACCUGACGCUCAAGUUGGAAAUGCUCGUCAUCGACGAGGCAGACCUGGUCCUUUCCUUCGGACACGAACAAGACCUCAACGAACUCUUGACGCGACUCCCCAACAAGUGUCAGACGAUUCUCACCUCGGCCACGCUAAGUCCCGACGUUCUAAACCUCAAGCGCUUAGCGCUUCGCAACGCCGUCACCCUCAAACUCCAGGAAGCAGAGCAGGACCAACAACGUCUGGCGCAGUACGUCAUCCGCUGCGAAGAGGACGACAAGUUCGCCCUCCUGUGCGCCCUGUUCAAGCUACGCCUGAUUGUCGGCAAGACCCUCAUCUUCGUGACCACAGUGGACCGCUGCUUCGUCGUUAAACUCUUCCUAGAACAGUUCGGCGUCCGCUGCUGUGUCCUCAAUUCGGAGCUUCCCCUGGCAUCGCGUGCCCUCAUCCUGAACCAGUUCAACGAAGGCCGCUACGAGAUCAUGGUCGCGUCGGACGAGAAAGGCGCCGAAGUCCAAGACAAGGCACCCAAAAAAAGUAAGAAGCGAAACCAGGACCCCGAGUAUGGCGUCUGCCGUGGUCUGGACUUCCAAAACGUCGCUAACGUCAUCAACCUGGACUUCCCGGCGACCGUGCAGGCUUACCAACACCGUGUGGGCCGGACGGCACGGGGUGACCGCAAGGGCACCGCCUUGUCACUCGUAAAAGACCGGGAGGCCCACCUUCUGGAAGCCGUCCAGAAGGUGCUCCCCGAAGGCACCCUCAAGCCGUACCUGUUUCGCAUGGAAGAGAUCGAGCCAUUCCGGUAUAGAAGCAAGGACGCCUUCCGCGCCGUAACACGAAUCGCGGUGCGCGAGGCCCGCCUCAAAGAGAUCAAGACUGAGAUGCUGUCAUCACAGAAGUUGCAGUCCUUCUUUGAGGAGAACCCGAGGGAGCGACAGCUCCUGCGUCACGACAAGGCGCUGCACAUCAUCAAGCACCAGCCGCACCUGAAGCACUGCCCAGACUACAUCAUCCCGCCCACGCUGCAGCGCAGUCUCCAGAAGGAAGGUGCCACCAAGGCACCACAACAGCCCGCCAAGCGACCCAUGACGCGAGAGGCAAAGAACCGAAAGUACGGCAAGAAGCCCCGGAGAAACGACCCGCUUCAGACUUUCAAUUGUGACUGAGAUGUCGUUACAGAUUUUGGCCUACUUUCUUGUGAGUUCAUUUCACUG